AUGGCAGACGAGUCCGACGAUGACCUGUAUGGGGACGAGACUGCGACGCAGCAGAGCAAGGACGCAAACAAAGCCGAAGACAAUUCAAGCGGCGACGAGCCCAUGGAUGAGGAGUCGGGCGACGACGACGACGAUGAAGACGACAGCGAUUCCGACAUCGACAUCAUCAUUGAGAAGGCGCCAGCACCAGCCAAACCUGCUGCCUCACAACAGCCCCAAGAAUCCAAAGCCAUAAAGAUUGAGGCGCCGCCGCCUUCGACUACACCCUCACAGCAACCCCCUCCAAAAACCGGGCUUGCAACAGGCGGCACCAUCCCCCAGAUAUCUGCCUCUGCCCUCUCAGGUACCGCCUUUCCUGCCCAACGUACCUCGACAAUCGACGUCAAUGGGAAUCCCAUAUAUCCACCUCAGGGAAAAGAGAUUCUGUCUGUUGAUAUUGAUGCCGACCUUGCAGAAGAGCACAAGAUUUGGCGCCGGCCGGGCGAGGACCAGUCCGACUACUUCAACUACGGUUUCGACGAAUUUACAUGGGAGCUAUACAGGCAGCGCCAGGUAGCCAUGGCAAAUACCAUACAGGGCCAGAAGAACGAUAUGGCGCAGAUGCAGGCCAUGAUGGGCGGUGGUCCUAUGCCUGGCAUGCCUGGCAUGGGAGGCGCCCCACAGAGUAAUGGAGGACCAGGCGGCGCGCCCCCGACUGGCCCUGGUGGUGGUGGAGGCGGUGGUGGUGGUGCUGGCGGCGGAGCCAUGGGUCCUGGUGGGAUGAAUGAACAGCAAAUGCAAAUGAUGAUGCAAGAGAUGAUGGCACAGGGCAUGGACCCGAGUCAGAUGGACUUUGCGUCCUUCAUGCAAAUGGCUGGUCAGGGCAUGGGAGGCUUCCCCACCGGACCUGGUGGGCAACAGGGCGGCGGAUUCCAGCAAGGCCAUCAAGGUGGUGGCGGGAGGGGUGGGCGAGGUGGGAGGGGAAGGGGCUGGUAA